CAUGGCUGAAAAACUAUACUUUAAUUUUGAAACGGAAACGGAAACGAGCGUUUUUGCGACCGACGGACAAAUGCUGCUCCGCAGCUGUGAUGGCGGCUGAUGCUGAAACAGAAAGCAUGAAAAAUUACCACAUAGCGUUGGAGAAGGUGGACCCGGAGGCCGGACGCUUCCCGUACUGCAUAGUCUGGACCCCCAUCCCGGUUCUAACAUGGCUGCUGCCUUUCAUUGGCCACAUGGGCAUCUGCACCUCUGGCGGGAUCAUCCGGGACUUCGCCGGACCGUACUUUGUCUCGGAAGACAACAUGGCGUUCGGCCGACCCACAAAGUACUGGAUCCUUGACGUCAGCAAAGUCUACGCCAGCGGCUCCAACGCCUGGGACACGGCGGUGCGCGACGCCUCCGAGGAGUACAAGCACAGAAUGCACAACCUGUGCUGUGAUAACUGUCACUCCCACGUUGCCAUGGCUCUGAAUCUGAUGCGGUAUGGAAACAGCACCUCAUGGAACAUGGUCAAGCUCUGCCUCCUCACCUUCAUCCACGGGAGACAUGUCAGCUGUGUGGGCUUCCUGAAGACCUGGCUGCCUUUCAUGAUGCUCAUGGGCGUCGUCCUCACCGUCGCUCUGGCCCUGAACCUCCGGUGACCCGGGGGGGGGGGAGCUCGGUGGGACCAUCUUCAAUAUGACAGACUGCUGGAGAAGAUCUUCUUCAGUGUUGGAGCUGUUGGUCACAAAGAAGAUGGAGCCUUCCACCUGACAGCUGAACAGAAUGACUCUCAGGCCUUGUUCUCAUGUUCUGAUGUGUCUAGUAGUUUGAUCCAGCAGUCGGAGCUUCCAGGAGGCCCUUUUUCUACGUCUCUCAGCUGCCUUUUUCACAUGAUUGUGAGUUCUUUUCUGCUCUUCCACACUAGGGAGCUGAAGAGCCGGUUGUUUCUUCUGCAUCUUUGAGGAGAACGGGUUUUCCUGAGGCGUGGUUUCUGCUCGCGCUCCGCCUCAGGGCGCUUAUCUGCAGGUCUCCAUGACGACAGUGACCUCAUCAGUGCCGAUGUGAGCUUUUGCACAUCAGACCCAUCUACCCAAACUCGAUUGUCGUCUUUCCAGCAUUUUGUCUUUUUAUGAGCAAACUUAGAAGUCGUGCCUAACAGAAGAAACGUUACCUCGGCCCCCGCGGUGCAGAGCUCCUUCAGCUCCUCAGCUAUUGGGAGGUCGUCCCUGAAAUGCUGAAUCCCAAUGAUGGUUGGCGCUCCAAACCCGUUGCCAUGGCUGUCGGCAGCAGACCCAAAUCCCUUCUUUGUUUGCUAACUGGGAAACGUGUUGUGGCGUCUUUGAUCCGGUCUGAGCAGAAGCAGCAGGUCGCCUGGAUCCUGAGCUUAUUUCACCACCUGCCUGCAGGAUCUGCAGGCAAGAUGGAGGUCACGGCGAAGCCUCAGCGACAUGACCAUGGAAAGGACACGGAUCUGAUUGUUUACGGCCACACCACAGCCGUUUCCCUUCAUGAAACCCGCCUUUACAGUAAUGCCUUUUCUCCGUGUUUGCUGGUUCAGUGACUGCAGUGCAUGCAGCAGGCGUGUGCAUGCAUGAGCGUCUGUGCAUGCAUGAGCGUCUGUGCAUGCAAGAAGAGUUUGUCUUCAUGGGGGAUGAGCAGCUGGAUUUAUGUCUGCACAUUACCUGCUGGGUUUCUUGCUGGUUAAAGACAUAUUUGGAGCUGUUUCAGUGCAGGGAGAGCUUUGCAUCCAUCAGAGACGAGCAGGAACCUGCAUCCUGGUUGUUGCUGUAAAGCUGGCAGCAGUCGGGAAUGCAGUAGAAGGUGGAAGAUGCUGCGUCCUGCUGCUUCCUGCUGCGUCCUGCUGCGUCCUGCUGCGUCCUGCUGCUUCCUGCUGCGUCCUGCUGCUUCCUGCUGCUUCCUGCUGCUUCCUGCUGCUUCCUGCUGCGUCCUGCUGCGUCCUGCUGCUUCCUGCUGCGUCCUGCUGCGUCCUGCUGCGUCCUGCUGCGUCCUGCUGCUUCCUGCUGCUUCCUGCUGCAUCCUGCUGCUUCCUGCUGCGUCCUGCUGCAUCCUGCUGCUUCCUGCUGCGUCCUGCUGCAGUGCCUUGUAUCCAGGAUUCAGGUUGGGGAAUGUGGAGACCUGCGGUCGCCUCGAUUCAGCCUGUUGACAAAAGCCAGCAGGGAUGCCAUUAUGAGUGCCACCAUCCUCAGAUACUUCCAGCCGUCUGCCAACUCCAAACUCUUUUGUUCCUCUAAUCCCAGAGGACUUUGAUGCUGCAGAUCACAUGGCUGCUGGGAAUUUGAGGAAUCCUGUCAGUGACUGUGGGAACUUUGAAUGUUCAGGAUUCUGUGUUGUAACAACAAUAAACUUCUAUUAUUGUAAGAAAAG